AUGGACUGGCAACUCCUCGAUUACGCCAAGGAAGCUGAAGAUACGGCUUCGGGCCUACACGUCUUCCUCAGUGAAAUUCCACAAUAUCGUAAAGACAUCACCGGCGACAUAGCAGAGCUGUUUGCCAUUUCAAACGCCCUCCAUGUACUGCACGAAGCCCUCGAUCUCUCGCUCUAUGGCCGCUACUCGGGUAGGAUUCUCAAAGACUUGGGCAUCUGUCUCCCGAGCCUGGGACAUACGCUAGAUGAUGUCCGCAACAUGUUCAGCAAGUCGAAGAAUAAGCAUCCCCCUGGCGCUUUUCCGGGAACCCCCCCAUAUUCAAUAAUAUGGCAAGAUGCGCUUGUCGAUCUCAAAGCUCAAGGCAUCUCCCUGCCCGUUCGAUUGGAGCUGUAUCGAACCUACUUGCAAGGCAUGUACGAUGCUCUGAAAGGAGAAGAAGAUGAGGAAGAGCUACACCACGUCAGACUUCGCCUCUCGAAACUGCUCAAGAAGCAGGUCCCUGUGGACCCUUGCUUCAGGCGACGGUCGUCAGUGCAUGUGCCCAGCAGAGCAGGAACUCCUAAGCCUGCGUCACCCAAGAUAUCUCGGCCAAGGAUCCACAGUCACUCCACAUACCCUACAGCUUAUAGUCCGCAGCCUCACCCCCAUCGAGCCUCUAUUGCAUCGACCUGGGGAGGGGUAGGCAUAGGAGACAUCCCGCUCAUUCCGCCGCCGGCUCCCGAAAUCCCACAAUCGCCGACUCAUUCUUCGGCGUCAUCACAUACAUACUCCAAUCACUCGGGAGACUCUGAGCCCGUCGCCCAUUGGGCCAUGAAGAUAUUCGACGGCCGACAUUCGUCCACGCCGUUCCAGACGCUGGGUGAUGCCACCAUCUGCCUGGGCCGAGAUGAGCCUCGGGUCAUUCAGAUGCUGGAUAGUGACGGGUUCGAGAAGGUCCUAGAGCUGCCAUUUGAAGCCACCAACGUAUGGGUGAGACUCUACUGGAGGGCUGAUGACAACCGUGCAAGGCUCCUGUUCCUCACCAUGGACCCAGAUGGUCGCCGCAUCAGGCAAUGCAUACCAGUGACCUUUUUGAAGAUUUUACGCACUGAAUCAUGUUUACAACUUUGUCGAGUCAAUCGCAAGGACGGGCAACUCGACCUGUGGGCACGCCUCCGAUUUACUCUCUACGAAACUAUGAAGCGUCAAGAUCAGAAUGGUAUCCCCGAAGGGUUAGAUGACUUCUUCCAACCGGGCGAGAAGAUGGAGUUCAGCGGCGAAACAAAAGAUGCAAGAUACCUCCAUGCGUUUCGAAUUUUCCGCGACGAAGACUCUGGCUGCGUACGCUUCGAAGUGACGGCUCGCCGCGGCCCAUUGAAAACGAUUCCCAUCUGGACAGCGUUUGUCACGCAGUACAUUGGGCACAAGGGCUGGAUGAAACGUGUUGGACCUGCUACGAUUCAGUUUGGUGAACUGCACCCAUACGUCUUUUGCGAUGGAUACAAACCACCAAAGGGCUCUACAGGAAGGUACCAGUUGACGUUUACGACACCUGAAGAUGCGCAUACUUUCCGAGAGAUAUUCCACCGGAUCAGAGUGCGAUGA